AUAAAGAGCUUUUCCUGAUUUCACAAUUCUUCUGUGGUCAGCUUUCAUCUGUCAAUUGCCCCCACCGUUACAGCAUGGCCUUGGGAAUCACCGGAGUUGCUCUCGUCACUGGAGCUGGCAGCGGAAUCGGUCGGGACGUGGCAAUUGGAUUUGCCGCUGAAGGCGCCAUUGGGGUCGUCUUUGCCGAUAUCAACCUCGCCGCAGCCCAAGAGAGCGCGGAUCGCAGCGCCGAAUAUGCCACCAACCCGGCAUACUAUCCCCUCGCCAUCGCCGUGGAUGUGACCGACCUGGCUAGUGUGGAGCAGAUGGUGACGGAAGUAGUGGAGACAUUCAAACGGAUCGAUUAUUGUGUCAACAGUGCCGGACUCGGAGUGCGCGAGCCCAAACACGUCACCGAAGCCUCGAUGGAGGAAUUUGACCAGUUCUACCGCGUCAAUGUGCUGGGUACCAUGCACUGUGUCAAGACCGUAGGCGCCGUGAUGCGUCAACAAGCCCCCAUCACGGUCUUGGGCCGGAAUGGGGAACGCAAUGCGGGUCGGGGCGCCAUUGUGAAUCUGGGAUCGGCCAACUCGUACAUGGCGACCCGGGAUAUCGUCCAGUAUACCACUUCCAAGCAUGCCGUGUUGGGCAUAACCCGCAAUGCUGCACUGGAUCUGGCCUCGCAUGAAGUCCGGGUCAACACCAUCUGUCCCUCGUGGGUCGAUACGCCGAUGGUUUCGGCGGCUCUGAAUGGGAAUCCCGACUUGGGUCCGCUCAUGGAGAAUGUCUUGCCCUUUCGACGCAUCGCACAAGCGGAGGAGGUGUCCGAUGUCAUUCUGUUCCUGUGCAGUCCGCGGGCCAGUUAUGUGACGGGUAGCGACUGGGUGGUGGAUGGAGGAAUGACGUUGACCUUGAAGUCAUGUUGAUGGUCUGCGAGAUGUAGCUGCCGAGUGGCAAAGACAUGAGGGAUGAUGAGAAGCCUUCGCCGAUAGUAGCAGCUAUCGGGCACUCAUGGGGUUCAUUGGUAGUGAUAGAUCCUAGGUAGAGGAUGCGAUACCCGAAUAAUGAAGAGACGGUCAAAUGUACGCACGAUAGAUGCCACGGAACAGCCGGACUGGUAUUCUUAUUCACUCG